AUGACAUCUGCUGCAGCAGAAGCUUUAAUCGGUCUAGAAAACUAUUCGUCUAGUCAAGUGGAUCAAUUUACCGCUCCCUCCACUGCUCCCGCUGAGAUUACAUCAUUUACAACUGAAAUUUUAUCUGCUGCUGCAUCUAUUCACAAUUUGAUACCUCUUCUUCAACAAUAUGAUGGUUUUCUUGUUGCUUGUUUCUCUGAACAUCCACUUGUCGAAAUGUUGCGAGAACAUACCGAUAAACCAGUGGUUGGCAUUAUGGAAGCCAGUCUUGUGCAUGCAACACUUUUAGGACAUCGAUUUGGAAUUGUAACAACGAAUAAAGAGUGGGAGGCAUUACUUGCUAAAAGUGUUCGUAAUAUGACACUUGAUCAUCGAUGUGGAGGAAUUAAAGCAACUAAUAUUUCUCCUGCUAGUCUGAAACUUGCUGAACAAGAUAUUGUCAAUGUUGCCAUAACUGAAGCUGCCAGAGAACUUGUUGAGAAGAAUGGAUGUGAUGUUAUUGUCUUGGGAUGUGCAGGAAUGAGUGGAUUGGAGAGCACGGUACAACAAUCUGUAAUUACCUUGGAUAUUAUUGUUGCUAAUGAAGGAAUCGAUGCUAUAGGUAUAUUUUUUGGAUAUGGGAAUAGAAGUUUUACAAAACAACUACUUGUUUCAUGUGGUGAUCAUUCUUCUCCAUGGUAUGCUAUUGCUGGUGAUUUUAAUCAAGAUGGACAGUUAGAUCUUGCUACUGCAAAUUAUGCAACAAGUAAUAUUGGGGUAUUCUAUGGAUAUGGUAAUGGUAGUUUUGGUAAUUUAACAACAUAUUCCACUGGUAUUAAUUCUAAUCCAGUGAGUUUAAAAAUUGGUGAUUUUAAUAAUGAUAAUCAAUUGGAUAUUAUUGCUGUUGAUGAAACUAGUACUAAUGUGGGUAUCUUCUAUGGUUAUAGUGAUGGAACAUUUGCUAGUAUAUCGAUCACUUCUGUAGGAGAUGGAUCAACUGCAUAUGGUGUUGCCAUUGGUGAUUUCAAUGAUGAUAAUCGUCUAGAUUUUGUUAUUAGUGAUGCAAGUAAAAAUGAUAUUCAAGUAUUUCUAGCAUCUGGUAAUCAACCUUUUGGUGGACAAACAAUAUUGAUGUUGAAUGAAGGUUCACAACCUUCAUCAGUUGUUGUUGGUCAUUUUAAUAAUGAUAGUCAAAUUGAUAUUGCUACAGCUAAUUCUGGUACAAAUACAAUUGGUAUUCUUCUUGGAUGUGGAAAUCGAAUGUAUUUAAAUAGUACACUUUAUUCAACUGGUAAUAAUUCUUCUCCAUCAUCAUUAGCUAUUGGAGAUUUUAACAAAGAUUCUAUGAUGGAUCUGGUAGUUGCAAAUUCUGGAACAAAUAAUAUUCUUGUAUUUAUGGGAUCUGGUAAUGGAGAUUUUUCUUUAUUUCAGAGUUAUUCAAUGGGUGAUGAUUCUCAAACAGUAUCAGUUGCUGUUGGUGAUUUUAAUCGAGAUUAUGAGUUAGAUAUUGCAAUAGCAAAUUAUGGUACAAAUAAUAUAUGUAUUCUUUUUGGUACUGGUGAUGGAAGAUUCACUAAUCAAACCUGGUAUCCAUUAGGUUAUAAUUCUGAUCCAAAUUGGAUAAUUUUUCAAGAUUUAAAUAAUGAUGGUUGGGAAUAUAUUGCAGUUGCAGUAUAUGGUGCAGACAAUGUAAAAAUACUUUUGAAUCUUUGUUAA